CGCGGCGGGAGGAAGGGGCGCGCGCUUCCCGGAACAGCCCGCGCGGAGGAAAGAGAGGAAGAAAAUAAAACCCUUGGCCGGAGCCGAAGCUGGGGCUGCUGCUGCCGCCGCGGCCAUCUGGAGCUCCCCCGCGCGGAUGAUGCCCGCGGUGCUCGCGCGGGGCUCUAGGCGGUGAGGCCCCGGGCGCGGGGUAGCUAUGGCGACGGCGAGCGCAGCCAGUGGCGCCGCCUGACAGGUGUGGGACCCGGCGGCAGCGGCGGCGGCGGCGCGGAGCAGCAUGUACGCCAAGGGGGGCAAAGGGUCGGCUGUGCCCUCAGACAGCCAGGCCCGCGAGAAGUUGGCGCUGUACGUGUACGAGUACCUGCUGCACGUCGGUGCCCAGAAGUCAGCCCAGACCUUUCUGUCUGAAAUCCGAUGGGAGAAGAACAUCACACUCGGCGAGCCCCCAGGCUUCCUACAUUCCUGGUGGUGCGUGUUCUGGGACCUGUACUGUGCUGCGCCUGACCGCAGAGAGGCUUGUGAACACCCGAGUGAGACCAAGGCCUUCCAGGACUAUAGCACUGCAGCGGCCCCCAGCCCAGUGAUGGGGAGUAUGGCCCCCAGCGACAUAAUGGCAGCAGGGCCCAUGCCACCAGGCUUCUUCCAGGGCCUCCCUGGUUCCCAGCUGCCCCCUCACAACCCCAACGCCCCCAUGAUGGGGCCUCAAGUUCAGCCUUUCAUGUCACCGCGGUUCCCAGGGGGCCCCCGGCCCACCCUGCGGAUGCCGAGUCAGCCUCCUGUGGGCCUCCCCAGUUCCCAGCCCCUCCUCCCUGGCACUAUGGAUCCCUCUCAGCGUGCUCAGGGACAUCCCAGCAUGGGCCCCAUGCAGAGAGUGACGCCGCCCCGUGGCAUGGCUGGUGCUGGGCCCCAGAGCUAUGGAGGUGGCAUGCGGCCCCCCACCAACUCCCUUGCUGGCCCUGGCCUUCCCACCAUGAACAUGGGCCCUGGAGUGCGAGGCCCCUGGACCAGCCCCAGUGGCAACUCGAUUCCCUAUUCGUCCUCUUCCCCCAGCAGCUACACGGGACCCCCAGGAGGUGGGCCCCCUGGAACACCCAUCAUGCCCAGCCCUGGAGACUCUACCAACUCCAGUGAGAACAUGUACACCAUCAUGAACCCCAUCGGGCCAGGCAACAGCAGGGCUAACUUCCCACUGGGGCCUGGCUCAGAGGGCCCCAUGGCUGCCAUGAAUUCGAUGGAGCCUCACCACGUGAACGGAUCCCUGGGCUCCAGCGAGAUAGACGGGUUGCCAAAGAACUCCCCUGGCACCGUGGCCAGCCUGGGCAACGCCCCGGGCACCCCGCGGGAUGAUGGCGAGAUGGCAGCCCCCGGGACCUUCCUGCACCCCUUCCCGAGUGAAAGCGUAAGCGACUGCGUCGACUCUCCCCCCGCGGCGGCGUCGGGCCGGAGGGGCCUGGCAGGCAGGCCCCGACGGGGCGGCCGGGGGGCCAGAGCAAGACCGUGACCGCGGUGACCGCGGCGGGCCAGGUGGGGGGGCGGCCUUCCUUACUUUUUCCUUCCUCCUUGCCUUAUUACCGACCACCCUUACCCCACCCCUACCUUGGGAUCGGUGCCCUGGGGCUGCUUCACAGCCCAGCCCCUUCUUCCUUCCCCAUCCUCCAUUCUCCCUGGGGGGCGGGUCCCAGACUCAGCUAGAGCUGAGUAGGCCCGCGCGCCACCCUCGUCUCUCUGCAGUACUCCCCCGGGAUGACCAUGAGCGUGUGAUGGGCAACAGCCCCCUUGUCCACUGCCGGACUCGGCUUCUGCCCAAUGCCCCUGCCCAGGGCCAAAGUCCAGGGACUGGGGGUCUGCAGGGUAAGGGUCUGAGGUCACACCUCAGGCAACUGGACUCCUGGUCAAGGCUUGGAUGCUGGGAGGCCCAGCACAAAGGACUUUCUCAUUUUAUAAAAAAAAAAUGCAAGGACCUCAGAGACUCUCCUGAAUGGGCCCUUGGGCCCUGCCUACCAUUUUCUGUAUCAUGGAGGAGGGGGGCUCAAUGGGGAACCUCCUUCCCCUGGAUGGCAGGGGGUGGGACCCAUCAAUAAAUGUAAUUUGGUUU